AUGGAGGACAGGAAGGAGGGUGGGUCCCCUGGCAGGACAUGCUCUGGUCCGGCCAUCUCGCCGCUGGCUCUGUCAUUCUCACCCAUCGACAGCGCUGCCGCCGGGAGGGCGUCCUCGACCCACCCCUCCCUCUGCACCAACUCUGGGCGCCAGGGCAGGGCCUCGACAGACUGGCCCCCGGCGCUGGCCAGCUCCAGGUCGGGCGCGCCCAGCCCGUAG